UAUUAGAUAAAAGCCCCGUACAAAAACAGAAAUAGAACUUGAAUCUCAACCUCAAUGCUUGUAUAACCUCCGAUCAGAAUUUGGUACCUCGUACUCCUGCCCGUAGCAGAUUGGUACUAUGGCCGUUUGAAAAGAGUAAAACUUAAAAAAGGGCCCGGGGAACGUAUUGCCUUGUAGCUUGGGGUAAUUUGCAACCAGAAUUUGAUGCUUGUAGGUUGAACAUAUAUGGAGUGGGUGAGAGUGGGAUUGAGUAGGUUGGGGUUACCAUGGAGGCUGCAGAGGAAGAGCGCGGCACCGGUGGGCGUUGGAUUCAUUGUAGUUGCUGCACUCACAUUUUUUUCAAGAGAGACUAGAUUGGAUCUUAAACAGUCAAAAGAUUGCCAUUUCCCAGCAAUUUUUAAUUUUGGAGAUUCAAAUUCAGAUACGGGCGCUGUAUCAGCUGCAUUUGGCCGAGUUCCUUUCCCGAAUGGAAUCACCUUCUUCGGUAGACCUUCUGGCAGGUACUGCGAUGGCCGGCUCAUCGUUGACUUUUUGGCUGAGGAGCUGGAAAUGCCAUAUCUGAGUGCAUAUCUAGAUUCCAUUGGAGCAAAUUUCCGACAUGGAGCAAAUUAUGCUGCAAGUGGGACAACCAUUCAUCUUACUGAUGCCCAGUUAUAUGGGGCAGGCUUCAAUCCUCUUUCAAUCAGCGUACAGCUUUCACAGUUUGAACAAUUUACAGCCCGCACCAGGGAGUUAUAUAACCAAUCCAAGACCUCAAGCAUGAUAAACACUCUACCUAAUCCGGAGGAUUUCUCAAGAGCCAUUUACACGGUUGAUAUUGGACAAAAUGACUUGCACUUUGCCUUAACAACAAUGAAAGACAAACAAGUGCAGGCAUUUAUUUCCGGAAUAAUUGAUCAGUUUUCGUGGAGUAUAGAGAAUCUUUACAGGAAUGGAGCAAGGGCAUUUUGGAUCCAUAAUACAGGUCCAAUUGGAUGUUUGCCAUUCUUUGUUAUCCCACAUCCACCAAAACCUGGCAACACGGACCAAAAUGGUUGCAUAAUAUCUUACAAUCAGGUGGCUCAACAGUUUAACAAUGAGCUUAGGGCUAGGGUAUCCAGACUGCGAGACCAACUUCAAGAUGCAAGUAUCAUAUAUGUUGACAUCUACUCAGCUAAAUAUUCAUUAAUCAGCAACGCAAAGAAGUAUGGUUUUCCUCUUCCUCUACAGAGUUGCUGUGGGAAGAUUGGAAUUGUUGACUGUGGGUACAAAGAGAUGGUGAAUGGAACUGAAGUUCAUGGGGAUUCUUGCAAUGAUCCCUCGACAUAUAUUAGCUGGGAUGGCAUACAUUAUACAGAAGCUGCAAAUAAAUGGGUCGCCAGCAAAAUUCUGGAUGGCUCAUUUUCUGAACCUAAAGUUUCUAUAGCCGAAGCAUGUCAGAGACUUUCUCCACCACCAUAGUAGAUUGUUUCAGCUCUCACUUGUCAGAGCGGAAGCUGUUUGUGGACAAAAGUGCUGGCUAUUGGUUAUAAACACGAAUGGUUUCAAUCA